AGGACUGGUGCGAGGAGAUAAGCUGCAGCUUUGGGGCAAAUCCAAACCACCAGGACACCCGCAGAGGUGCACGUCUUCAGCUGAAGGGAGGCGGCUGUGAGUGGUCCUGGGCCCCGGGGGACUGGUACUGCUGCAGCUGGGGGCCUUUGGGGCUAAUCUUUGUCGGGGCCCUCUGACCUCAGACCCAAGGCUCUUACCUGCUUAACUGGAAGCAGGCAGCUCCCGAUUUGCAGCGCGUGUCCCCCUGGCUGGGGGUUCAUGAAAUCGGGUCAAUGUCUUAGGCACGGGAGGGUGAAGCCGAAUCAAUGGAAGUGGCUCAGAUAGCAAAGUCCGAGCCGGACCGGCUUCAGCAGCCUGAAAAUGCACUGUGCCUUCAGCCUGCAUCCCUGUAUGUAUAAACACGCCGUCUGUAUGGAUACAGCCAUGCAGUGGUGCUGACCCAGCGGGUGAAGGUCCGGAAUGAGGUCACGGGCUAUGUGGGCGACGAGGCCACGCUGCAAUGCCUCUUCCCCACAACCAGCUCCGACGUCAAGGUCAGCCAGGUUACCUGGAUGAAGGAGAUGGGGGGCAAGAAGCAGAACGUGGCUGUCUACCUCCCGGACCACAAGCCCAACUUCCCCUUGGACAACAGCGGCAGAAUCCGGUUUCUGAACGUCUCCCUGCAGGACGCCACUCUGAUCAUCCAGCCCCUGCGCAUGGGCGACGAGGGCACCUACAUCUGCGAAUUCGCCACCUACCCUCAUGGCAACGAGGAUGGGGUCACCACACUCAGCAUCCUGGCCAGGCCCACCAACACGGCGGAGUCGCGGAAGGUGGUGGCGGGUAACGCCAUGAUCCCGGUGGCCGUCUGCACCUCAGCCAAUGGCAAACCCCCUGCCCGCAUCACCUGGAUCGCCACCCUUCCCGGCAAUUUCAAUGCCUCCGAGGUGGCCAACGGAGACGGCACCGUCACUGUCACCAGCCAGUUCAACAUGGUGCCCACGGCGGUGGCAGACCAGGAGCAAAUCACCUGCGUCAUCAGCCAGAGGACACUGACGGAGCCGGAGAACAUCCCUGUCACGCUGUCCGUGCUGUACCCCCCGCAAGUCACCAUCGAGGGCUAUGAUGACAACUGGUAUGUGAGCCGGAAUGAGGCCGUGCUGAGAUGUGUGGCCAAAGGGAACCCCAAACCCACCCAUUACUCCUGGAGCACCCCCAGCGGGCCGCUGCCCCCCACGGUGCAGGUACAGGGCGACCGGCUGCUGGUGCAGUCGGUGGACGUGGCGGUGAACACGACCUUCAUCUGCCAGGUCACUAAUAGCGUGGGGACGACACGGGUCGAACAGAUCAUCCUGGUGCGAGCCCAGCCCAACAUGGAUGGCGCGGGCAGCACAGGGGGCAUCAUCGGUGGCAUCAUUGCUGCCAUCGUGGCCGUGGCCGUGGUGGCCACUGGGGUCCUGAUUUUCCGCCAGCAGCAGAAGAAUCGCACAGAGCAGGACAACGACGACCUGGAUGCGCCCCCAGCAUACAAGCCGCCCCCUCCCCAGAAGAAGAUUGAGGACCCUGAGCUGGUCUCUAAUCCCCCCGAGGUUGAGGUUGAGAAUAUCCCACUGAAAGCUGCCUACUUCGAGCCCAGCAUUGCAGUGGAUCCCCAAGAGCCGGACCUACCACGGUACCACGAGCUGCCUACGUUGGAGGACAAGGAGCCAGCAACGAUGGGGCCCAGCCUGGAGGACGAAUACCUGGACCAGAUCAACCCAAUCUAUGACGCCCUGUCCUUCGCCUCAGGGGAGGGUGUCCCCGAGCAGGGCUUCAUUAUGUCCCGGGCCUUAUACGUCUGACAGCUUGGCACAGAUGGACUCGUGUCUCCCUGGAUAGACAGACAGCUCCCUUCCCCACUCCCUGCAGCUCCCCCGGCCCUGUACAUGAGACCCCAACCGAGGUGCUCCCUGGGGUUUUGGGGAAGUUCUCUGGCCUGUUAUAUGGGACAUCAGGCUAGAUGAUCCCAAUGGGCCCUUCUGGCCUUGAAAUCUAUUAGUCCCCACCCCCACCACUCCCUGGGAUCCCCCAGCUCAGACAGACACAUGGCUUCCUUCCCCACCCCCACAGCUCUCUGGGAUCCCCAGUCUCGGACAGACACAUGACUCUCCGGACUCUCCACCCCCACUGCUCCCUGAGCCCUGUAUGUCUGAGAUUACCCCCACCCAGAUGGACACAGGGGGCCCCCCUUGACUUUCUAGGCAGACACCUGGCUCUGCCCACGGCUCCCUGGACUGACACUGGUGCCUGGCUCACAACCCCAACUGGGCUCCUGUCCUGUCUGCUCCCAGUGGGGUCAGUGAGGCUACAGCCCUCAGCAGGUCUGGGGGGGUCUGGCUUGAGGGGGGGGAGCAGGGUGUUGGGGCCUGGAGGCCUCAGUGCUAGAAGUCUGGAUUUGCCAAAGGUCAGAACUCAUCCUCCCCCUCUCCAUGCCAGGGGAACAGUCUCUCCUUGCCUUCUGUCGGAGUCAUGAUGGGGCGGGAGGCAGCAUCUUCCCCUGGCCUGGCACAAGGGUGACUUUAGUUACUGUAGGAGCAGCUCCCUGCUGCUGCCGCUAGUGGGUGGGGUUGUGUGAGUGGGGAUGGGUGAGAGGCUGGGGGAAUAGGGAGUGCUCCCUUUCUCGCUGUGGGGCUGGUUCCUUGUCCACACACCGGUGGGUCAGCCCAUUCACUACUACAAGGAGCUGCCCUAUUGCAAGGAGCAAGUGUGGGGAGGGUGCAACCCCAGCCUGGAUUCUCUACUUGCAUUUCAUCAUUGGCUCAGACAGGAUCCCUGCCUCAGCGACUCCCCAGCCCAGCUGGGUCGGGGGCCCUGCCAUCAAUCCCUCCUCCCUCCUGCUUCUGGGCCCUGCCCUGGUCCCCGCUGUACAACCACCUUCCAUGGGGUAUCUGAGAAUGUGAAGGGUUUUUUUGUGUUACUAACUUGAUUGGUCUCUAAAUAAAUCCACCGCUGUUGCUGCUUC